AUGGAUUAAGUAAAUUAGGCAUUUAAAGGGUUGUAUUUUCAAGGAGAGCCUUAUGAGAAUGUUAGAGUUAAAAUAGAUCAAUGUCCUUAUGACGAGGUUGCCUCUCUUAUGGAAAUCUAUGUAAAAAAUUAUCUUGAUACAGUACAAAAUAACUUAUACUCGUAUAGUUAUAAUGAUCAAGAUUCGGCAAAGUUCUACAUCGAAUAGCUGAAUAGUCAUUGGUUAAGAAUAUAGAAUAUUGCAUCGGAAUUGGGGAAAUACUAAUAAUUGAGUAAUGGUUUCAGAGUAAAUUUGAAAUUAAUCUAGAUCUAAGAAUAUCAUCGCAUCAAGUUUUAAGAUAGAAUAUUUUCAGAUAACAAGAUUAAUUUUGCAUUAAGAGAGAUUUGCAGGAUCUACAAAUUCAAUUAACUCAUCGAGUCUCAUUUUGGCUCUUCUGUUUUCCAAUACUUUAGACCCAAAAUAACGACCCAUCAAGAUCUUAUGACUAAUUGGCUCACCUAUAGUUAAUGCGAGUAAGGCAUAGAUGAAAUAAAGGAUUUUGAAAGAAGACUCGAAUGUGCAAUGACUUAUUUGCCAGAUAACGAAAAAUAGUAACCUAAAUUACCACCAAAUUGGGAAAAGAAUAUGGUAAAUUUGAUGAAAAAGAAAAAGAAGAAGAUAUGA